AUGGAGUUCAGUACAGAUUUUAACUCAGAAGGCGACUUCUAUUGGUCUCAUGGACUGAUAUCAAAUCCUACUUAUGAACUUCUCACAACAACUUGUAACACUUCACAAAUAUGGAGGGAGUAUAUAACAGGCAAUACUUCUGUAGCUUGUUCGAAAGUGAGUGAUCAACUUGAUGCAGAAAUUCCAGACGCUAUUAAUCUAUAUGAUGUCUCUUCAAACGUUUGUCUAUCAUCUCGUGGAUCAUUAUUGGGAGUUCCUAAUCACCCAUUAUCACCAAGGUUCAAGUUUUUCCCAUCCGAUCAAUCAUCGCUGGAUGCUCUGAAGCAGUCUAAAUCUGGAGAGAACAUUGAUCUUUGUGUAGGAGAGAAAAUUUUUCGUUAUUUAAACAGGAAAGAUGUGCAAGAAACUCUUCAUGCCACGCUUGUUGGAGUUUCGCAAUGGAGUACAUGCACUAGUGUUGCAAACUAUGAUCUUGGGAACCUAGAGAUACCUACAAUUGAUGUGGUGGGCUUAUUAGUCAGUUCAGGCAUCCGGGUUCUAGUAUACAGUGGAGAUCAGGAUUCAGUUGUCCCAUUUACGGGGAGUAGGACUUUGGUAGAUGGGUUGGCGAAAAAGCUGGGAUUGAAUGCAACUGUGCCCUAUGCAGCUUGGUUUGAGGAAAAACAGGUUGGUGGAUGGACAGAAGUCUACGGUGACCUCCUAACAUUUACCACCAUCAGAGGAGGCUCCCACAUGGCACCAUUUUCAUCACCCGGAAGAUCACUGGCAUUAUUUGCAGCAUUUCUAUCUGGGAAGCCUCUUGUCUAA